AAUAUGCAGCAAGUCCUUAUCCUCUACGUCAAUCGCAGGGAAAACCAUCUCAAAUCAGACAAGAACACGCACAAGUUACAUAUAUUCUCCCUCGCUCUCAAACCCUUCCACUCACAACGAGCUAGAGCUGGUCGUCUUCCUCCUCCAGCCCAGGUUGUAGAGCAUUCGGAGAGCUCAAGUUUGCCUUGUCCUCUCCUCGCAGAGUAGAAGCAGCUCUCGAAAGCCGCAACACCAAAACACCAACCACCAGGAACCAAGCCGAGGGGAGGAAGAGGAAGCUCAUCAGAGGUCGCCCACCCCGAACACAUCACCCUCAGCUGCGUGGACGAGAAGAUGAUCCCUUUCAUAAAGAUGAAACGCUCCCUCCACUAGUAGAUGCUCUGCAGCGGGAGCUCACCGAAGGCACCAAUGGAUCUGCAACGCGGCGGCAAGGCAGAGUCGGAGCAGAGGAAGCUGCGGCGCGUCAGGCUCCCCUUCUGGUCCUGCCCCCCGAAGCGGCCUCCAGGCACCUGAGCGCGCGCCUGCCUCGUGUCCCCCUCUCCCUCCUCUUUCCUCGGCGAUCUCCAAUUCUCCAUCCAGUUCUCCAACAAGUUCCUCGGUCUAGCAGCCGCCCCCUCUCUCUAACGGCGACAUGGCUCUGCUUUUCGUGUGAUCUCGUCGCGAGCCUGUUCCCACGGUCCCUGCCUUGCCGGGGCGGCGGCCUCGGGAGAAGGGCUCGUGUCCGGGCCGUGUCCUCGGGAGCCAGGGCGUUGGUCUCGCCGCCGCUUGCCUUUGCCCUGCCUUGCCUCCCUGUCCGUCUCGCCGCCGUUCCUUGCCGGAGCUUGGGGGGCCUUGGGGAACAGAACCGGGGGUGCUUGGACUUGGCUCCCUCCAAUCCUGUCGCGUGUUCUUGGCUCUUGUGACCGCAAGUUCUUGGGUGCGGGAGCUGUCUUGUCCGUGCUGAUCCCUUCCUUGGGAGUUGGAACAAGAAACCGCUCUCGCAGUGCGUUGUUGGGAUUGCGAGGAAACAGGGGGCUUGUUCUUUAUAUCCGGAUCGCCUUCUCCUGUGGCGUGUCAGCUCAAGAAGCUGUGUGCCCUCUGACUUAUGAGUUCGUUCCUGGCACUGCAUUUUUCUUCGAUCGCCGGCAAAAUUAAAGUUGGUCCAGAGUUGCAGCUGCACUGUUUGAUUUGUUCUUGUGCCUUGUGGAUCGUCGUCAUCGCCGUCGUUGUGGAAGGUUUUGACGACGGCAUGGGCUCUGUACCCUUUGGUGACACGGAGCUCUUCGACGGGUUCUACGGUGGUUUCGGCGGCCAUGGAUAUGAUGAGUACGGACUUGGCCAGCUGGGCGCGUCGACGUCGCAUGUCCCACUCCCAUUGGACGGCGGAACGGCGGAGGAGGUGGACGGCGCUGCUGCCUCCACGGAGCUGCUGGAGGCGCCGAAGCGGAAGGGAGACCACCGGUCGGAGAAGGCGGCGAUGGCACUCAAGAGCCACAGCGAGGCGGAGCGGCGGCGGCGGGAGAGGAUCAACGCGCACCUCGCCACGCUCCGGACCAUGGUGCCCUGCACCGACAAGAUGGACAAGGCCGCGCUGCUCGCCGAAGUCAUAACGCACGUCAAGAAGCUCAAGACCAGCGCGGCGCGCAUCAGGAGCCACUGCGCCGUCCCGGCCGACGCGGACGAAGUCGCCGUCGAGCUUGUGGUCCCGGGCGCGGCGUCACCGCCACCGUCCCACGGCGCGGGAGGAGGAGGCGGCGGCGGCCUCCUCGUCAAGGCGACGCUCAGCUGCGCCGACGGCGCCGACGUCUUCGCGGACGUCAAGAGCGCGCUGCGGCCGCUGCGGCUGAGGGUCGUCGGGUCGGAGGUCACCACGCUGGGCGGCCGCGUGCGCUUGACCUUCCUCAUUUCGCCGCCGCCGUGCGACGUGGGCGGCGUCGCCGACUCCGUGCGCCAGGCGCUCCAGUCCGUGGUUGACAAGGCCAACUCCGCGCUCGAGUUCGCGCCGAGGGCGUCGCUCCUGAACAAGCGCCGGAGGGUCUCCACGUUCGAGUCAUCAAGCUCCUCUUCUUGAGUACGGUUAGACGAUCGAUUCAGAGAAGACACGUACGUAUCGAUCGAUCAUCGAUAUGAUGUGCCAAACUGCUCUGCUAAUUAGCGUCAGGAGUUGCUAGUGUAGUUACCAUGCAUGAACACGAUACUGCUAGCUAUACUCCUUACAAUUAAGUUACCUCAUCACUGUGUAGUCGGUACUCACAAGGUUUAGAAGAAGUUGCACCAGUUUAUUAGUAACAUAAUUACGUACUAGUACCACGGUUGUCCAAACUGAAGAGUGAAGUUGGUUGGUUUCUGAAACUUGGGUUUGCGGUGCUUGUGUUAAUUCACCUUGUAUUUUGUACCUUAGUAUUUUGUACGAGCAUUAUUUCGAUCUCCGCAGCAUGCUUAAUUACUCUA